GAUUCUGUGAGAGAGAGAGAGAGAGAGAGAGGACUGCCAGAAGCUUGGCGACCAUGGCAAUGGCACCAUCCUCGAACUCCUCAGGAUUUUCGAAUCUCUGUACGGUUGUUCCAUGCAAAUCAUUCUGCUAUGUCUCCAAGUCUUCUCUCCUAUGGAUUCGCAGAUCAAGCCGCAGAAAGCAGCGGGUGAAGCUAUCGAUGCAGUCUCCGGGUCUCACGGGUGGAGAUCCAUGCAAGAAAGCCGACGAGAACAGGGAAACAAGCAGCCAACCUCCAAGUCAAGCACCUGCUUCGUCUCCGCCCUUACCUACUGCCCCUAGUUGGCUAAAGUGGACUGUGGGAUCUGUAAUGUGGCUAGCUCUCCCCAGUUGGCAGAAAAUACAAAGAAUUGAUGAUGUGGUGACGAAGGUGGAUAAUGCAGUGGAGAUCAUUGAAAACGUGGCAGAGGUAACUGAGAAGAUAGCUUCACAUGUGGCCGAGGAGCUCCCGGAGGAUGGAAUGAUGAGAAAGGCAGCAGAAGGUUUGGAGAAUGCAUCUGAAGAAGUUCUAAAGAAAGUUGAAGUGAUAGAUCAGUUCGUUGAUAAGGUAGAUGAAUGGACAGAGAAGCUAAAGAUGGGAGAUGAGCAAGUGGAUCAAGAUAAGCAUGGAGAGAAGAACACCUAGUAGAAUAAGAACUUUGUUCAUUCUAUAUAUAUUUGUUUUUUUUUCCCAAGAAAAAGAAUGUCUAUAUGUUGACUUGAAUUAUGUUUUUAAGAAAUGGAAUAAGUGGAGGUCGAGGGUGAGAUUAAAUUUAAUGUCUUAUUUUUUUUUUC